UUUUACACGCAGCACUCUCUUUGUCGCGCCAGUCGUCCAAUCGUCUCUUUUGAUUCUCUUUGACAAUCAUGAAACUUCUUAUUGCAGUUGCUGCCCUCAUAGUCUGUGCCACAGCAUUUGAAUAUACAGCUGAAUGGGAGCUAUGGAAGCGAACCAACGGAAAGGACUACUCCAGCGAGAAGGAAGAGCUGUACCGUCAAACCAUCUGGGAGGCAAACAAGAAGAUAGUUCUGGAGCAUAAUGCAAACGCUGACAAGUGGGGCUGGACUCUUGAGAUGAACGCAUUCGCUGAUCUAGAGUCCUCCGAGUUUGCUGCAAUGUACAAUGGCUACAGGCGGUCCGCCAGGAAGAGCAACGCAACCAGAUACCAUGUACCCACUGGUAAUGCUCUACCAGACACUGUGGACUGGAGGACAAAGGGAGCAGUGACUCCAGUGAAGAACCAGAAGCAGUGCGGAUCAUGCUGGGCCUUCUCCACCACCGGGUCACUGGAGGGACAGACUUUCCUCAAGAAGGGAACCCUACCCAGUCUCUCAGAGCAGCAGCUGGUGGACUGCUCCGAUAAGUAUGGUAACCAUGGCUGCCAGGGAGGUCUAAUGGACAAUGCUUUCAAAUACAUUGAGGCUAAUGGAGGUAUUGACUCAGAGGCUAGCUAUCCUUAUGAAGCUAAGAAUGGAAAGUGUCGCUUCCAACAGUCAGCAGUAGCUGCGACCUGCACUGGCUACAAGGAUAUUCCUCAUGAUGAUAUUGAUGGCCUUCAGGAUGCUGUGGCUAACGUAGGCCCCAUCUCAGUUGCUAUGGACGCCAGCCACUCCAGUUUCCAGUUGUAUGCAGCUGGAGUGUACGACCCUCUCCUCUGCUCCUCCACUCGUCUUGACCAUGGUGUACUGGCCGUUGGGUAUGGAACCGAACCAAGUGGUCUCUUCCAUGAGGAGAAACCCUACUGGCUCGUCAAGAACAGCUGGGGCCCAGACUGGGGACAGCAGGGAUACUUCAAGAUUGUUAGGAAGGACAACAAGUGUGGUAUAGCCACUGAUGCCUCUUACCCCACUGUUUAAUGAGGAGAGAGAGAGAGGAGGGUUCUCCUCACCACUGCUGUAGGAACUAGUUGUCUUUGUACUGUAUAAUGUGAAAAACUCUUACUCUUCCUUUAAGCUACUUUCUAUUUUUUUUCUAACUUUGCUUCCCAUAACUACAUGCUAUUAUCUAUAGUGCUUUUGAUUUCUUAAUGUUAACCAUAUCCUUUCAAUCAGUGAGUG